GUUCCAGAAGCUCCAACUGGAACACGUCCAAGACUUUGGAUGCCAGGGCGCAAUUGAAUUCCGAUAAUGUUGAUGAUUGAAACGAGAAUUUGGGCAUUUGGGUGUUAGGACUUAGCAUUUGGGCGCACACACCGGGCUUGAUCACACUUCUUGUAUCGUAUUUUCUUUCCCACGGACCAUGUGCAGCGUGCGAUAAGGUCGUAGGGCUUUUCUAUAGUAACGUCCCUGGAACACCCAGGUCAUGAAGUAUUACGUCACUUGGCGAUUGGCAAGAAAAGCAGCGCAUCGUUGCGCGAACGGCUGUUGUGUUCACCCAAUCUGCACUGGUGGACCAGAGACCCUGGCGCUAGCAAAAAACUCGCUUCGUGAUACGCAACUACCGUAAUCGACUAUUACCUCAGCACCUGUGCAUCUACUCCUCGACACCAACAAACUUACUUGCCCAUCCAGCAACUUGCCGCUAUAUUCGGACAUCACGCAAACAUGCCAGGCGAACCAGCAAAGCGCACAAGGCGCGAAGAAUACAGGAAAUCCCUCCAAACAGAUGAGCAACAAGGCGCACUACCCAAGAAGAAGUUUUAUAGACAACGCGCUCAUGCAAAUCCUUUCUCAGAUCACUCUCUCACGUACCCUACGAGCCCCGCAGACAUGGACUGGGCCAGUCUGUACCCCAAGUACGCCAAACAUGCAAAGAAAGAGAUGGGAGAGGCGCAGAAUGAGUCACAUGAUGUUAGCAUUGAAGAGCAGCAGAAGCUUAAUGCAAUUACGCAAAAUGUCGAAAUCGCAGACAUUGGAUGUGGAUUUGGUGGUCUACUCUUUGCCCUUGCACCCAAAUUCCCGGAUACAUUGAUACUAGGCAUGGAGAUUCGCACCUCGGUAACAGAAUACGUGCAAGAAAAAGUCCGCGCCCUCCGCGUCCAAAACGCAUCAACAAAUGCCUACCAAAACGCAUCCUGCAUCCGCGCCAACACGAUGAAAUUCCUCCCCAACUUCUUCCAAAAACACCAACUCGGUAAAAUCUUCCUCUGCUUUCCCGACCCGCAUUUCAAGCAGCGCAAACACAAGGCGCGCAUCGUGUCGUGGACGCUCAACGCAGAAUACGCCUAUGUGCUGCGUCCCGGCGGUAUCGUGUAUACGAUUACCGAUGUCGAGGAUCUGCAUGUGUGGAUGAGGGGCCAUUUUGAAAAGCAUCCGAGCUUUGAGCGUGUGGAAAGGGUGUUUGAGGAGGGGGAGACGGUGGAUGGGGUCGAGGGCGUGGGUAUGGAUGAGUGUGUGAAGGCGAUGAGGGUGGAGACGGAGGAGGGGAAGAAGGUGGAGAGGAAUAAGGGGUUGAAGUUUGUGGCGUGCUUUAGGAGGGUUGAGGAUCCGGCUUGGCCGGAGAGUAGUGGUCCUUGAGGUGGAGGGGGCGGGCUGGUUGGUGGAGGUUGACAGGAGUGAGUCGGAGGGAAAGACGGAAGUAUCAGUUAUAUGCUCGGUUUUCUUUGCACAGAUGAAAUGCUCUAAACCACAGGGAAUGGAAGUUUUCUGACUCAACUGAAACUUUGAUGUACACCGA